AUGCCCACCAGCGCAGCUCCAAAACGCAUGGCGACUCGACCUAAGAAUGCAACUCAGCAUCCAGGACAUAUUCUGACUGGGGGCGAAAACCGUACAAAAAGACGUACCAAAGCUCAAAAGGCCGCCGACGACCAACGUGAAGAAGAGGAGAAGAAGGCAAGUAAAGCAGCUGUACUGGAAACUAAUAAGCGCGUUGCGGCAUUUCAUAAAAAGAUGGAGACAGACCAAGCUGCUGCGCGUGCUGAUGCACCUAAGCCUAGUCGUCCUCGUCCUCAGUCCUGUGAAAAAGGCUGUGAAAGCUCCAGAGACCACCGACUUGACUACGGCUGCCGUGCCAAUAUUGAGCAUCCUGGGAGUGAAGAAGACGAGGAGUUGGAGGUGCAGAUGCCAGGAGCACGCAAGAAGAAGGGAAAGAGGAUGGUGAUCCCAGUGAAAACACCUGUGAGAGAUGCGAUUGAUGUGGCGGGUGCCCUUAUCGCCAACGAAUCAACACAGGCACGUGAUGAUGAUAAGUCGUCUGACUCGGAUGUCUCUCCACCUGGUUCUAAAAAAUUCAGUCAUAUCGGUCGUAUCCCGAAUUGGAGGACGCACAUUCACAUUGGAAAGCCAUCCUCCGAGUCCAACUUGAAGCACCGUGGGAGAGCUUCUGGAGCGCCUUCUACUAUCUCUAGUGCCACUCCCUCCUCUAAGCUCACCAGGGGGAGCACUUUGAGUAGUGGUGGUGCCUUACUCACGCCUAUCGAUACUCCCGAUGCUGGGGCCAACGACGUGUCGGAUCUUUUUACAACUCUGUUUGCAGACGACGAAUUAACCGACUCAGUCGAGCGCUCUCAAGCACUCGCUCGUAUGUCAAAAUCAAAGGCUUCUCAGGGUGUCAAAAUUUCUCAAAAGGUCUCAGAGAAUUCUCGACUUCAAACGAAGUUACCCCAUCGCAAUGCCAAUCUGGCACCCAAGCAGCUCGACCCGAUUGAGCCUGAUGUCACCGCGGAUGAUGGUGCCUUCAAUCUCGUGGACGAUGAUCUUGAAGUGAAUGCGGAGACCGCUCCUCCAGUAACUUCCCUCGUUGACUAUGAUUCCAAUACCGAGAGGGAAUCUGAUCUUGAACCCCCUCCUUCUGCACAGGUUCCAAAAGGAUACUAUGAUGCCGACCGGCCUCCACGUCUCGCUCCAUCCUACUUAUCCCACCCUACCAGCGUCAAGCGCAAACUCGACACUCUAAUCGAGGACAACCUCGUGAUCACAGAUGACUUUGUGAUCGAGGACGACCUCAUGUUAACGGAUGUGAUCAAGGACGACAUCAUGAUCGAAGACGACCUCAUGAUCGAGGACGACCUCAUGAUCGAGGAUGGCCUGUUUGUGGCUCACGUCGAGCCUGUGGUCAAGACUGUGGUCAAGACUGAGUACAAACCAGUGUCCUUGCGGUUGACUUCUACGACCGGUGUCGGCGUCAAACGCAAUGCCCCCCCUGCAGCAAAGCGGCUGAAGUCUUCUCACAGCAUGUCCAGCAUUCCAAGUACUGUGAAACCUCAGGCUGGUCCCGCGAAUCCGUUAGAGGUGACAGUGGAGAUCCUCCCCCAUUCUUCAUAUAGGAUCAAGCAUCUUCCUGGAGGACCUCGGGCAGUGGCUAGGUGGAGCACAACCUUCAUUCCCACUCUCAUUUCUGCUAUCGGAGACCAGGAAGAAGUCUGGGGUCGUAUCGAGUCGGAAGCAAUGUUCCACGCUACUAUACAGGACACCUGGGAUGCUGUCUAUGAAGAUAUCCCCCAUAUCGUCACGAAUGAUGGACCCGUCAUAGCUAUAAGUGGCGCAAUUGCAUUGGCACCACUGGCUGUCACGGUAUACACAAACUUCCUGUCGUUGCAAGAUGAUGUCGAGACUGAUGAAGAUCGCAAAGCAUUUUCCGAGAGCUUACUUGUCAAGUUAGCGUUCCUGUAUGGGAACAUCACGGAGGAAGGGAAAUUGGAGGACCCUUUCGAGUCUGAGCUUAUCAUUCAGCGCAUGCAAAAGGUGCACUCAGCCUUUGCACUGCAGCGGCAUGUGGAACGUGCCAUCCGCCUUAUCGCUUCCGAGACGCUUGUCAGCGAAUUGGAGGUGAACAGUAAAGGCAAGGCCGUCAAGGUCCCUCACUCUCUCAACAAGUCCUCGGGCAAGAUCAGUGGCUCUCGAAAGGCGUUCUCGGACACUAAUUUCGGUGUAAUGACCAGGUGCUACAUGACAUCCAUCAACCGCCUGCAAGACUCGGUCAUCCAGGAUAUCUGGGAACGGGCGAAGGAGAUUGCCUUUAAGAGGUGUGGUGCACCCUCCACUCCAGACGAAGACUCGGAGGAUGAGCGCGCACUCAUAGGGUUCUAG